CUCGAGAGAGAGAGACCAGCAACAAAGGCACAGAGCAACUUUAAGUUAAUGCUGUCCUUUGUGCAGGAUCAAGCUAUUCCCAUGAACUUCUCUUGCAAAGGCAGAAUCAUGCAGGAAUCGUUCGCUGUCCAUUUCCUUAAGGUGCUGAAGGAACUCCUGGCUUUUGUGCUGUUCAGUUACACGGUGCUGUUUGGGGCGCUGCUGUUGGCUGGAUGGACCACUUAUUUCCUGGUGCUUAAGUGACGGCUCCUCAUGUUGUUCACCUGCAGCUUACAGAUGGAGCCCAGAUGCACUCUUCAUCCGACACCUAAUCAAUAAA